UCCACACAACGCGAUUUGGCCAGCACAUGGAAACCCAUGCCAACUCCAGGAGUAUUUUUUUUUUUUUUAAGUUUUCGAAUCAAUAUCCACUGACCCAAAAAUCAGUGAACCAGCUUCUGGUCUUAGCUAUCCCCAAGGCAGCAGCUCACUCGAAGCUUGCCCCAGGGUUCGCGGUCGUGUUGUUCCCAGUAUGAAAACUUUUUAAGUACAGAGCAAGUGAGCCCGGCCAAGCAGGAACAACACCUUGCUAAUUAAAAAAACACACACACAAAAUGGAUCAGUUGAACGUCAAGGAACAGCAGGAAUUCCAGCAGGUUGUCGAGCAGAAGCAGAUGAAGGACUUCAUGCGCUUGUACUCCAACUUGGUGUCGAGAUGUUUCGACGACUGUGUCAAUGACUUCACUUCGGCCAACUUGACCAGCAAGGAGUCCUCGUGUAUUUUCAAGUGUUCCGAGAAAUUCUUGAAGCACAGCGAACGGGUCGGCCAGAGAUUCCAGGAGCAAAAGUAUGUUGAUUUGAUGUAGAAAGCGGGGAAAGGAGUGGUUGCCCCAAACCCCAGAACAAGGACCCAAACCCCAGACAAAAGACCCCAUACCCCAGAAAUACGACCCCAAACUCCAAACACCAGUACUAACCAUCCAGCGCCAUGUUGAUGCAGAACAUGCAAAAAAAAUAAGGGACUGAAACCGUAAACGGCAGGGGCCUCACGAAGGUGGUGCUGCCCGCUCGA